AUGCUUCGAUUUCUGCUGCUACUGGCCAUAAGAGCAUCGUCGGUUGCUGCCUUUGGCGAAAAUGGCCAGUACCAUCUCGACGAAUCCAACCCAUCUUUCAUCAUGCGUGGCGAUGAAUUUGGGACUGAUGCGAUUAUCAUCAACACUAAUGUGACAGGCGCAACGCUACAAAUUAAUGGCCUGUUUACGAAUGUUGCCAAUGUUUCAUUGAGCGUUGUUGCUGACACUCAACUGUUUACGCAAACAAACAUCUACUCGCAGGGUCCUCGCGGAUUGAGGCUAAUCUUUUUCCCAGUGACGAUCAAUGUCGCGGAAUCGAGCGACAAGAAUUUUUGGCUGUCCUUUAGCCUGACUUCACAUAACAGCUUCAACUACGACAUCGGAUUAGAUGAUUACGUCCUUCAAACCUUUACUCCUGCAAGCAAGAUCACCCCGCCAUACACCAUGCGAUCUAAUGCCACCACGGCUGCCCUGAUGACAAUCAUUAACACCCAGUACACAAAAACAGAUUGCUUCCCAUUCGAGAUGACGGACCUGAAAAUCGACACUGGGUGCAACAUCUCAAUGUAUGCCGCGAUCAUGACUACGACACCUUCUACGGAGCCACUUUCCUACAACUACUACACUUUCCAAAUUCCCGCCAAUUGUACGGUUUCCUUCCGGUUGGCUGAAUCGAAGAAUAUCACCGAACGGGACUACGAUCCGGGGUAUUGGACGCAAGGAUUUGUUGCCAGCUGCGAGUUCCCGGGAUAUGGUAUGAAUCAAUAUGCCCCGGCGACGCCAGUUCAUCAAUUGAUCCGAGCACGGGGCAAAAGCACAAUCAACAUCGAUGGAAAGCUAUCCGGCCAUUCGAAUGUUGGCAACGGUGGUAAUUUCGACGCUUCAAUCUUGGAAAACGGAAAGCCGGUUGCUGCCCUUAAUGGGACUGGAAACAAUAAUAAACUAAAAGGAAAAGGCCAUGAUCUGCAAAUCGACUAUAACCCGGGCGCGGCCGGGCGGACUGGAUUCCUUUUCACAUAUUCUUUUGGCGAUCCGGAUGUUAUAUACUACGAUCUCAGCAAGGAUCCGUUGAUCUAUGAUACGAGAAUGCAUUCCACCAAGGACUACAUGACUACAUGUUACGGUUCCGUCGUUCAAGUGAAUGCUAAUAAUGUCACGGGAGCUGGAAAUAUAUUUUUUACGGACGCAACUCAGACUUGGAACAUCAUGGAUGUCGCCAACCAAGCCCGACGAUUUACCGAAUACGUUCAUGUUGCCACCAAUGACAAUUCCGCCUACGUUGCAGCAUUUACUUGCGUUGAUAAAAGUACGGACUCUGCCGGUAUGGGCCUCGACGACUACAAAAUCUAUAGCUACCAACAAAACACCAAAUCGACUUUGGUAAUCCCAAGCAAAACUGGAGCCCAGGCAGUCACCAUUGCUCCGAUCGUUCUCUCAACCCAGGGUGUGUACCUGGCCCGUCCCACUAUUAAUGGAUCAAGUUGUAAUGUUCCGCUUUAUGUUUCCGGAAUCCCAUCCAAAUAUCGCAAAAGUACAAUGAUGCUUUAUAACUUUAACUCAUCUACUACUGACAAUUUUGUCCAGUCCGGUCUGUUUUCCGUAUUUACAUUGAUCGUCCCGGCCGGUUGCGACUUUUCCAUCGAUCUCGCCGAUAAGCCAGAUGACACUAUCAAUUCAUGCACCUUUGGUGCUCAUGGUUUUGUCGUUAGCAAAGAGUAUCCGGGCUAUAAGAACAACUAUUUCUCGGCGGUCACUAGCAGCUUUUCAAGGGCCUUUACGAAAAAUUACUACCUCGCUGGCGGGAAGUUCACUGUCGAUAUCCCGAUAGUCGAACCUGGUACCGGACUGUUAAAUAUAACAAUCUACAAUACGGACAUGAACACCAACAUGAUAUUUGACAGCUACGCAUGGGACAGGCACUUCUCUGACAAAGGAUAUAUGUUGAACAUCGAUUGGAAGCCACAGUUCUCCAGUAGCGGGAUGUUGCUGAGGUGGAGGUUGGAUGCUGUGAAGUCUGGUAGUGUGCCAUGUCUACUUGUUGCCCUGUUUGUUGCGGUGUAUUAUUUGUGGAAA